AUGUUUCGAGCAAAUUUCGAACAUGUCAAUGAGAUUGUGCCGCAUUACAACGCUACGAGGAAGGUUAAUUUAGUGGUGUUGCACACUCGAGCGAAGUCCAUCGAUUUUUCAUCGGAAGUUCUGAAGCAACGAGCUGCAUUGAUGAGAGCGUUCUUCAGUGAUUCUAGAAGAAUUCGAAUUAGUGCUGAAGAUGAGCUUGUUGUUUUUCCUCUGGCCGAUAUCAAACCACGUAAGGACACUAUGGCAGGAUCGUUUCCGCUUUCGGUGGCUACUGUGGAGAAGAUAUUGGACUCUCAAGAAGUGGUCGAUUUUGAUAAAAGUAUGCGAAGAUUGCGAGUGAUCCUCGCACAGUUACCAAAGGACAGAUUUUCUACGGGAGAGCAUGAGAUCACUGAAAAACAAUGGUACAUGCUAGCGAAAUGCAUUUGGAAUGAUCCACUGUUUGAUUCAUUGCUCGAACAGUACAAGGGAUAUCUGUGA